AUGACGAGUGCGAAAUGGUGCAAGCAACAAUUAGGUUUAAGCCUAAAUACAGUUAUUGACUGGAAUAAUUACCUACGUGAAGUAUGUGCAAUGGCUGUUGAAAUUAAACCACAAACAAAAUUAGGUGGACCGAGGAAAAUCGUCGAGAUCGAUGAAAGUCUAUUUUCAAAAAGCAAAAACCACGUUGGCAGAAUACUUCCCGAACAGUGGAUAUCCGGAGGAAUUUGUCGAGAGACAAAAGAGUCAUUUUAA